GAAAUAUUAAAUGAAAAAGCAAUCAGUAUCCACAAAUGCAACCCUUCUGGUACCAUAUUUUAAAGUGUAUUUCAAAAUUCAUUAUCAUACUAAACCAGGAAAAGCAAUUUACAUAGUGGGAGAUUGCAAUAUGCUUGGGGAUUGGUAGCCUACAAAAGGAUUAAGGCUAUAAUGGAAUGAAGUAUAAUAUGAAUUAUAAUUUCUAAAAGAAUGAUGAAUGGACAAUUUGUAUAAAAAUAGAUCGAUCGAAAUAUAGUAAGAUCGAAUACAAAUUCAUAGUUAAUAAUUAUGAUUAUAGUACUUUAGAUGAUACAAUAUGGGAACCAGGAGAAAAUAGAGUCAUCACUAAUCAUAUGAUUUAGAACGAAACAAAAUAUGAAUAUUUUAAUUGUAUUAAUUAUAAUUAUUUAUUUUAGGUGAAUAUUGGGGGUACAGAGCAAUUAAAUUGAAAUUAAAUUACAAUUUACCUGAAAAAUAAAGAAUGAUGGUAAUAGGAAGUAUAGAGCAACUUGGUCAAUGGAUUCAUCCAGUACUUAUGAAAUAGUAAUCUAAAGUUGAUAUCGGUAAUUUUGAUUCAGUAAAAUUAGUUAAUUGUGAACCAGUGUAAUAAUGGUCCAUUUCUUUUAUUGUAGAUUCAAUGAAUUUUUCAUUUAGAUAUUUUUAUGUAAUAAGGAAUGAUGAAACAGGUUCUAUGAUAUGGGAAAGAGGUAAUGGAAGAUAUUUGAAAUCAAGUGAUCUUAGAUCUUUUAGACAAGUUUAAGAUCAAUAUGCUUAAUCUCCAAUUAAAAUUAAAACUUAAUUAUUAACUGCCUGUUAACAUUAUAAAUUUCUUAAAAAAAAUAAUGGAUCAUUUUGUUCAGAAAGAUAAAUAAAAUUUAACAAAGAAACUAGUAUGGGCUACUCCUUUUCAGAUAAAGAAUCAUCUUUUUUUUAUUAUGAGUCAUUUGGUAGAUUAAAUAAAUUGGAUUGGAAUUUUGUUGUUUAAUUUUCUAUCACUUAAAUCAAUGAAAACAUAAUUAUUGGUCCUUAUCCAUAAAAUGAAUAAGAUAUACUUAUCUUAAAAAAUUAAGGAAUCAAAGCUGUUAUGAAUUUAUAGACAAGAUUGGAUAUGUAUCAUAGAGGAGUGGAUUGGGAUGAAAUAAUAUUAACUUAUAAGAAACAUAAUAUUUAGAUGAAAAACUUUGAAAUCUUUGAUAUGGAUCCUUAAGAUUUCGAAAAAAAAAUACCAAAAGCUGUAUAACUUCUUAAAAAACUUAUUAACCAACAUGAAUUUGUUUACAUUCAUUGUACUUCAGGAAUUGGUAGAGCACCUUCACUUGCAGUUAUUUAUUUGUCUUCUGUAUUACAAAUUCCAUUAGAUUAAGCAAUAGCCUAAGUGAAAAAUAAGAGAGAGCAAUUUUAUAUUAAUUUUAGUAUUUUAUUCAUAUUUAAUUCAUAGAUAUGUUGAAAAGAUCUCUGUAAAAAACUAUUGUUUAUAACAAUGGACAAGGCUAUGAAGAAAAUUAAGAGGUUAUAGAAUUGUUAAUGUCAAGCUCUGGCAAAAUUUUAAAAUAAUAAUUUGAUUAUAACCUACUAUAUUGAGUUAG